AUGAGGGCUUUGGAGCUGAGUCCAUUCUUGUGGGACGCGUACCAGGAACUGUGCGAUUUGCGGACGGCACCCGAGAGCGAGCUGGUGUUCGGAGCGCGCACUGCACCAACGUUAAUACCACGACCUGCAGCACCAGCGAAUCCGAAUCCCUCCAAAAAGGCCCAGAGCAGGAAACGGAAUCGGGACGGAGAACGCAAACCCGAAAGCGGCCCUACCUCCGACGCCGACGACGCAACCGACACCCAGCCCCAACGCAAGAAACGCGCCACAUCCGCCGGCGACGCUAUCCUCCACGACUUCCAGCUCCUCGGCGCCGCAUACCGCCACCUCACCCGCUACGAAAGCCGCGAAGCCCUGCAAGCGUUCGCAGGGGUCAGCGAAGCACAUCUGAAAACCGGGUGGGUGAUGACACAGAUGGCCCGCUGCUUCUACGAAAUCGCGCGAUACCCCGAAGCAGCCAAGCAUUUCCGAGAAGCGAGGGAUCUGGAGCCGUGGCGGUUAGACGGGCUCGACCUGUUUGGCAGUUGUUUGUGGCACCUUAGGGAAGAAGUCGAGCUGGCAUUCUUGGCAAAGGAUAUGGAAGCGAAUGACCGGUUGGCGCCGCAGACGUGGUGUAUUGUGGGGAACCUGUACAGUUUGCGGCAGGAGCAUGAGUUGGCUAUCAAGUGCUUUUCGCGGGCGAUUCAGCUGGACCCCUAUUAUUACUACGCGUAUACGCUUACGGGGUUCGAGUAUAAGAUGAAAGAAGAAUUCGAGAAGUCUGUGGACUAUUUCCAGAAAUCGAUACGGAUUGAGCCGGGGCCGUUUAAUGCUUGGUUCGGAAUGGGGGAAAUAUUCUUCCAACAAGAAAACUACCGCACCGCCCAAUUCCACUACGACAAAGCCAUCAAGAUAAAUCCCCGGAACCCUAUCAUCCAAUACCAUCUCGGAGUCAUCCUGCAAAAACUAGAACACCCCGAAAAAGCAAUAUCAGCUUUCGAGAAGGCAGUCAAACUCGACGAAAAGAACCCGCUGUAUAGGUUCCGACUAGCCUACGCCCUCGUGCAAGAAAAACAAUACGAGAAAGCCCUACACCUCCUCGCACCCCUCGAGGGCUUCACGCAAUCCGAAAGCAACGUCUUCCUCCUGAUCGGCCGGAUCCACAAAGCGUUGGGAAACAAGAGCAAAGCGCUGUUGGCGUAUACGAAGGCGAGGGAUCAUCGGGGGUCGAGGUGUGAUGUUAUCAAUGAGGCUGUUGGUAAGUUGUGCUUCGUUUCCUGA